AUGGCGCCCUCGUCCCAGUUCCCUCCUGGUGCUGGAGAUUCCCGCGACCUCCCGAUCACCCUCGGGUCCUCUAGCCCGGAGCCAUCACCUGACAUCGAGAUCGUCGCACCUCGAGAGCGGGCGAAUUCCUCUGGCCGGCAAUCAUCUCCUGACAUCGAGAUUGUCGCGCCUCCGGUGCGGCCGUCCCACCGACGACGACCGCUUGCGCGCCCCCCACCUGGGUUGCGUCGCAAUCCUCCGCCUCUACCAUCGCCUUCGGGCGCGUCUCAAGUCCCGGGGCCAUCGUCUCAACCUCAGGCAUCUCCGCCGCUCCCCGCGGCUAUGCCUAGCCAUGGUCAGCUGCCUGAUAUACCCGAGCCCCCGCAAGAAUUGACUGUCGUCCGACGCCCGCCGCCAGAGCCACAUCGACCCAAGGGAACGGGCCGCAAGCCUGCUCCAUCCAAGCCAAAGAGAUCUCUUCCAGUGAUGCGUGGCACCGUGCGUCGCCCCGUCUUGCUAACUAUGGAUCCGGGCUGUCACACGUGCGUCAAGGCGGGUCGCGAGUGUAAAAGCUAUCGCGAGGGUACAGAGUGCGAAUACUGCCGCCAACUCCCUGACCGCCCAUUGCGACUUCACGUUCAGUGCAGCCUCAAUAUCCGCGAGCUGAUUCGCGAAGUUGGCGGGGACAUUGGCGAGGUGGUAAGGCCGGCAAGCCCGUUAUCGUCGCCGUGCAGUGAAGAGGGUCGUCCGCCCUUCUGGUGGCGGCCGCGACCGUCCGACGCGGCGCCUGCCGUUGCGCGUGCUGAUCAGCCGGGACCGUCACAUCGUGUCCCCGCUUUGGUGCCCUCGCAGUCGGCAUCCACACCCGCGCGACGCUCCGUCUCUCCUCCUCCUUCUGCGUCGUCUCCAAUUGCAUCCACGUCCACUCUCCCCCGUCCACCCAUCCAGCACUCUCCCUCUCGCUCUCCAUCAAUGCCGCCACGCAAGCGUCCGCGUACUUAG